AAUGCCUACUUUAUGAAAUCUAAAAUAUGACAAAAUGCAUUAUUCAACCGCAGGGAUGUUUUAUUACACUACACAUUACUGACUGAAAUAGAACUUAUUUAAAUUAGAAUAAUAAUGGGGAAAAUACUGGAAAACAAACACUGCAUGAAGGCUCAGACUGAAAAAAGAAUAACACCCACCGGAUGAGAUAUCAGUUUGCAUGAAAUGCAAACACGUAUGUGCUGAACUUUGGAGCAGAUCAUGAAGGUAUUUAGACUGUUGAGAAAGAUUUGUGCCUGAAGGGAAAUCAUAAUAGAGAAAAUGGUGAAGAUUUAUCCUGUUAUUUUGAUGUGCAGUUUCCUGCUUGAAUCCUGGCUCUCUUCUGGAGCUUCAGUGUUUCUGCCGAAGGAUCUGGCCGAGUCUCUUCUGAAGAGACAGAAGCGAUAUAACACUGGAGGACUUGAGGAGAUGAUGAAGGACAACCUGGAGCGGGAAUGUUAUGAGGAACGCUGCAGUCUAGAAGAGGCCAGAGAGGUUUUUGAGGACAACGAGCAAACUAUGAAGUUCUGGAUCACUUAUAUGGAUGGAGACCAGUGUCUGUCGUCUCCCUGUCAGAAUGGAGGCAAGUGUGAGGAUGGGAUGAACACUUACACCUGCUGGUGUCCUGCACGCUUUAGUGGGAAGAACUGUGAGUUAGAGAUGGCCAAACAGUGUCAUGUAAAUAAUGGAGGCUGCAUGCAUUUCUGCAUCGUGGAUAAAAUUUAUGGAGCAGUGUGUGACUGUGCCGAGGGUUACAAAUUGACUGUAGACGGCAGAUCCUGUGAACCGCGAGGGCAGUAUCCAUGUGGACGUCUUGGAAAGAUAAUUGCUGAAACUCUCAGGUCAAGGACUUUUGAAUCCACUGAGACUGUAAAUCAAAAUCAGUCCAUCAGUCACAUCAACAAAACUGAACACAACACAAUGGAAUCCAGUCCUACAGAUCCUCCUGGAGUGAACAGCACAAGCACAGCUCAAAAUUUACUGCAAAAUGUCUCCUCUUCUCCCAUUCUGACCAAUAUCAACAAUACAACAAACAAUCGGUAUCGCAUUGUAGGAGGAGAUGAAGCCACACCAGGAGAGAUUCCCUGGCAGGUGGUUUUUCUGGAAAAGGUGAAUAAGAUUGUGUUUUGCGGAGGCUCUCUCCUCAGUGAAGAGUGGGUCAUCACCGCUGCCCACUGUGUUGAAGGAAAGCAGGGGUCCUUCUUCAUCAGAGUGGGUGAACAUGAUGUCUCAAAGACGGAGGGAACAGAGUCUGAUCACGGCGUUGCGGAGUACCACAUUCAUCCCCGCUACAACUCUCAGCGGAGCCUAUACAACCAUGACAUCGCCCUGUUAAAGCUCAAGGGGCCCGUCAGACUCUUUGACUACGCCCUGCCUAUCUGCCUGGGCUCCAAAGACUUCACUGAAAACCUGCUUCAGAGCGCAGAAAACUCCCUGGUGAGCGGCUGGGGCAGGUUACGCUACGGCGGCAUCGAAUCCAAAGUGCUGCAGAAAGUGGAACUCCCUUAUGUGGACCGAAUAAAGUGCAAAGGCAGCAGCACCGACAGCAUCUCCCGCUUCAUGUUCUGUGCCGGUUACAGUACAGUACGUAAAGACGCCUGUCAGGGGGACAGCGGAGGGCCGCACGCCACCCGCUACAAAGACACCUGGUUCCUCACGGGCAUCGUCAGCUGGGGCGAGGAGUGCGCCAAAGAGGGGAAGUAUGGCAUCUACACCCGCAUCUCCAAAUACAUGGUCUGGAUUAAUAACAUUACCAGAAUCAGAACAGGACACAUGUCUAAUGGUAAUCAACAGAGUUUGAAUUAGAUUUUUUUGGAUGCUAGGUUCACACCAAGCAAGAAGAGAUCAAGCGCAACUACUCUAGAUUACACAUGGGAUGUUUUAACUUAAGUCAGUUUUCAUUUGUGCUGCAUUGGGGAAAUUUGCCCCUAUUUGCACCUUUGCAUUGACUUUUAAUUUACUCAUGAAUAGGCAUGGGCCGGUAUAUGUUUCUGACAGUAUGAUAACCUUGGAUAAAAAUAUCACGGUAUGACAGUAUUGUGAUUACUGCUCUAAAAUAUGUUCUUGUUAAAUGUCUGGGUAAAAAAACAACUUUUUUCCCCCAUUGAACACAAUAAAUUUUAUUUUGUGAA